CCAAGCGCUGCGGUGGCGGUGCCCGGCCGGAAGGCUGCACAUCGACAUGGCGGCGGGCCGGGGGGGGUUGCGGCUCGGCGCUGCCUGGAAGGUGCUGGGGAGAAGACCGGAAGGCAUCGUGCCCGCGCCAUGGGCUCGACACAAGUUCACCAAAUCGAGAAUUCCCGAGUCGGUAUUUCAGCCACGGCCUGGAGAUCAUGAGAAGUAUGGAGGUGACCCUGAGCAGCCCCACAAAGUUCAUAUUGUUACUAGGAUCAAAAGUGUAAUCGGUCGCCCAUAUUGGGAGAAGAAGAUCAUACAUGAUCUUGGACUGGAUAAGGCGCAUCAACCAAGACUGCACAAAAAUAUCCCUUCUGUGAAUUCCAGACUGAAAGUUGUUAAACAUCUGAUAAGAAUACAGCCGUUGAAACUACCAUAUGGGUUGCCAACAGAAGAGGAAAUGGCAGACACCCUUCUUACGAGCAAGGGAGAGCUUAUCAUUAAACAGCGUCUGAAACCCGUGGAGCAGGAAGAAAUUAAGUCAUGAGGUGUGCUGGUUGGAAUUAUGUUUUCUAAAAUAAAUAAUUUAAGUCCUGA